ACACUCUCACUCCUCAAAUCUUCCGUAGAGAAGAAACCUGUGGAGAAGAGCUCAAUCUCCAUCUUCCACCAUCAUCCACCAGCACAGUGAAUUCUCCAGCUGUCUAAAUCCAACCACAGUCCGGUCAAGGCACACAUUGGCAUGCUGAUUUUUCUUUCACAAAAUGAUCACAUUAUGCUACUGCCCCAACAGACCGCGUCUGAUACAGAUGGUGUCAGUCACCAGAAUGUACUGUUCAAAAGACACGACGCAACCUAUGUUUGAUCCCAUGAAAAAGGUUUGCGACAUUUUGAUGUCUUGCCCCAAAUCAGGUCUCGACACCGAGCUGGACCAGAGCGGGAUUAGGCCAUCGAAAGAGCUAGUGGAAGAAGUGAUCAAGAGAUUUGAGAAUGCCGGAAUGUUGGCCCACCGGUUCUUCGAAUGGGCAGGCAGACAACGACACUAUGAUCACAGUGUCAAAGCUUACCACGCCAUGAUCGAAUCCCUCGCCAAGAUAAGACAAUACCAAGUCAUGUGGGAUCUCGUGAACGUCAUGAAAGGAAAGGGUUUGCUAAACGUCGAGACAUUUUGUAUAAUCAUGAGGAAGUAUGCCCGAGCAAAGAAGGUCGAGGAGGCGGUGUACACGUUCAAUGUCAUGAAGAAAUACGACGUUCCUCCCAAUCUCUCCGCUUUUAACGGACUUUUGAGUGCCCUUUGCAAAUCAAAAAACGUGAGGAAAGCCCAAGAAAUCUUCGACGGAAUGAAAGACCGAUUUGCCCCCAACGUGAAAACGUAUAGCAUAUUGCUCGAGGGGUGGGGACGGGAGCCAAAUCUUCCAAAGGCGAGAGAGAUUUACAAGGAGAUUUGCGCUCCCGAUACAGUGACCUACGGUAUCAUGGUCGAUAUCCUCUGCAAGGCCGGUAGGGUCGACGAAGCAGUUGGCAUUGUCAAUGAGAUGGAGUUGGGUGGAUGCAAGCCAACUUCCUUUAUUUAUAGUGUCCUAAUCCAUACAUACGGCAUAUACAACCGAAUCGAAGACGCGAUCGACGCGUUUCGCGAAAUGCAAAAAAGCGGGCUCCACCCCGACGUGGCCGUCUACAAUUCCCUAAUCGGCGCUUUUUGUAAAGUGAAGAGGUACAAAAACGCUUAUAAGGUCCUAGCCGAGAUGGACCGUGUAGGGGUGCCCCCAAACUCUAGGACUUGUAAUGUCAUACUGAGCGGUUUGAUCAGCGAGGGCGAGACCGACGAGGCUUUCAGAGUGUUCCGGAAGAUGGUCAAGAUUUGCGACGCGGACGCGGACACCUAUACCAUGGUGAUAAAAAUGUUCUGCGCGAGGAAGGAGAUUCGAACCGCGCGCAAGAUAUGGAAGUAUAUGAAGGCGAACCAAUUUGUUCCCGGGAUGCACACGUUCUCCGUGCUCAUCAACGGGAUGUGCGAUGAUGGGGACACGCGAAGGGCGUGUAAGCUGAUGGAGGAGAUGAUCGACAAAGGAAUGCGACCCGAUAGGGAGACGUUUGGGAAGUUGAGACAUUUGCUUUUGAAGGAAGAUAGGAAAGAUGUUCUUGAGUUUCUUCAUGAGAAGAUGGAUCUUCUAGUCAAGGAGCCUUUAUGUGACUAAAGAUCUCUCACAAUUUCACAUUUCUACAUGUUGUUUCCUAACAAAGAAAGUAGAGAAAUGUAAAAGUUGGUUAUUAUAUUAGACAUUCCAAAAAAAUAUAAGUGUGAAAUUGUU